AUGGAGAGCUUGUUGAGAAGUCUCCUAGUCCUGUUGUGCUUCCUGAUUGCAGAACCAGUUGAAUGUGUGAAUGAGGAUGCCACUGAAGAAAAAAUUCCAUCUAAAUUCUGCAAUGUCUAUAAACAUGUUGCCACUGUUGCUGGAACAGGAGGCUCUAAAACCAUGUCCUUCUGGCAUCUGAAUUGUCCAUUUGAAGGCCAUUAUGCUCUUGGAGAUGUGGCUAAAAGAGGUUCUGGACAACCUGUGACUUGGGCUUUGAUGGUAAAGGAAGAGGGUAAUGGUCUUCUGAAACAUCCUCAAGGUUUCAGAUGUGUCAAUGAAAGUCUGCUAGUACAAGGAAAAUCUGCACUUAUUUCAAGUCUGACUGAUGAUCUUGGAGCAUGGGAAAUUGAAGCUGAUCAUGCUGUAACUCCAGAUGGUUUAUCUGCAGGGACUUUUAUAGUUAUGACCACUCACAGUGACCCCACAGAAAAUGUCUAUGUCCUCAAUGAAUACAGCGUGAUGUUAAAACAACAUGCAUCUCUUCAGCCAAACAAUUCUGAGGAUGGGUCUCCUUGCAAGAUUGUAUGUUACGUCACUAAGUGGUCUCAGUACCGGUCCAAACCUGCAAAGUUUUACCCAGAGGAUGUAAACCCAAAUUUGUGCACGCACAUCACAUUUGCCUUUGCGAUUAUAAGGAACAACCAUCUCUCCUGUAAUGGAUGGAAUGAUGAAAGUGUUCUCAUCCCCCAGAUCCAAGCACUAAAGAAGAGAAACCCAGCCUUGUUGACUCUGUUAGCUGUUGGUGGAAGCAGAUUUGGCACUGCUUUCAGCCCCAUGCUUUCCACAGCAGCCACCCGCAAGAACUUCAUUGACUCAGCUAUACCCAUACUGCGGAACUAUGACUUCGAUGGGAUUGAGCUGCACUUUGAACAUCCUGGGUGUAGGGGAAGUCCCCCUAAGGACAAGCAUCGCUUCACUUCGCUAAUAGAGGAAAUGACGGCAGCUUUCGAAAAAGAGGCCAAAGAGACUGGAAAUAAGAAGCUGUUGCUUACUGCGGCGGUUGCUGCUCGGAAAGAAACAAUCGAUGCUGCAUAUGAAGUUGACAAACUAUCAAAACAUCUUGAUUACAUUAGUGUGAUGGCCUACAAUUUCCAUGAUGGUUUUCCUGACAGAGUGACAAGGCACAACAGCCCCUUAUAUGCUGGUGAUCACUCUGAAGAAAGCCUGUAUGCCACCUGUAAGUUUGCCAUGCUGUACUGGAUCCAAAAAGGUGCUCCUGCUGGCAAGCUUCUUAUGGGGUUUGCCAGCUUUGGACAUACCUUCAAGCUUAGCACCAUGGACACAUCAGUGGGUGCCCCUGCCUCUGGACCUGCCCGUCCAGGACAUUAUACGCAUGAGGCUGGACUCUUGUCAUACUAUGAGAUCUGCCACUUUAUAAAGGAUGGUGCCACUGUUCAGUGGCUUGAAGACCAGAAGGUUCCAUAUGCCUACAAAGGUUUUGCCUGGGUUGGAUAUGACAACAAAAAGAGUUUUGGUUACAAAGCCCAGUUUGUGAAGAAGCAUAAACUUGGCGGAGGCUCUGUAUGGACCAUUGACCUGGAUGACUUCAGAGGCACCUUCUGCAAUGAAGGACCUUACCCUCUGACAAGAGAGCUGAAGCGACUGCUUGCGGGCAAUGUGUGUAGUGAUGCCGGACAUAUCACAGUACAAACGGAAACCAUUCAACCAUCCACCACCUUUCGACCGUCUACCACCCUUCGACCAUCUACCACCUUUCUAACUCCUGCCACCCUUCAACCGGCCUCCACCCUUCAACCAUCCACCACAACUUUUCUAACUCCUGCCACCCUUCAACCGGCCUCCACCAUUCAACCAUCCACCACCUUUAUAACUGCUGCCACCCUUAUACCGGCCUCCACCCAUCAAACUUCUACCACCCUUCGACCAUCUACCACCCCUCUAACUGCUGCCACCCUUAUACCGGCCUCCACCCAUCAAACUUCUACCACCCUUCGACCGUCCACCACCUUUCAAACUCCUGCCACCCUUCGACCAGCCACCACCCUUCAAACUUCUACCACCCUUCGACCAUCCACCACCCUUCAAAAUUCUACUACCCUUCAACCGUCCAGAAAGGAUGACAGCACUUACCGCCAUUCAGGAGAUCCAACUAAACAUUAA